AUGCAAUCCAACAAUGUUUUUAUUCAAGCUGAUGCAACUGAUGCACCACCUGCUGCUCCAAAUUCUGCCUCUAGUGAAUCAAAAACUGAUUUAAAAAAAGAAGAAAAAAUAUCUGCUAAACCUGGAGAUGAAAAAAGUUCAAGUAGUCAAUUAACUUUCACAGUUGGUGCUUUGGGUUUAAUCUCUGUUUUAAGUAUGGUACCACAAUUCUUAAAUCAUGCAUAA